AUGGGCCUUCGACCCACUAAGAACUCUAAUCUCACGGGCCAUGAUCCAAUUUUCUCUGUUCAGAUUUCACGAAUAUUUCCCAAUUAUUUAUUCAUUUGUUUUUAUUUUCCCUGGGCAAAGGGAAGAAGAUUAGAAGAGUCGAAGACUAUCCCCGGACUUGGUCCCCUUCUCGUUUUCCCCAUCUCAUCGCUCUCUCUCAUAGCCGCCGCUGUUGCUCACAUCUCCUCUACCGCCGCCGCCGAUCUCUUCUCUUCUUUCACGACGAUGGAUUGGCAGGGGCAGAAGGUGGCGGAGCAGCUGAUGCAGCUGAUGCUACUGGCUUCCGCCGUGAUGGCCUUCCUCACCGGUUACAUCAUGGGAUCGUUUCAAACUAUGAUGUUGAUCUACGCCGGCGGAAUCGUUCUCACCGCCUUGAUCGUAGUCCCCAACUGGCCUGGCUUCAAUCGCCACCCUCUCCGCUGGCUGGAUCCCCUCGAGGCCGACAAGCACCCCAAGCCGCCGCCCCAGCCCGUCGCUUCCAAGAAGAACAAGUCUAAGAAGUAGGGUUUCUCAAUUUUCUGCUUUGUACUAGAAUUCUCUGCUAGGGGGAUAAUGAAUCGAUGAGUUCGAUAGAAACUAUAACUAAGUAUUUGUGUGGCGACAUUUUGUUUGGGGGAAUUCGUCAUGAACUUUUCCGAAGUUUCAGCCUUUGAACACACAGAAUCACAAGAAUCAUCUUUUCGAUAGCUAUGCUUCUCACUUUCUGAUUUCUGGUUCUGGGUUGUUUCCCUUAGGAUGGAUUAAUCCUCUAGGAGGUUAGUUCUCUCAAUAUCUAUUACUACGAGGUUGAAUUCCAUAUAAGGAAUUGGGGUU